AUGAGAAAAGCUAUCACGGCAGAACAAAUCAAGGAGCUUGCUUCUCUGGUGGACUCGUCGACUCGUUUGUUUACUCGCGCGGAUGGCGAGGAAUAUGACAAGUUGAUUGCCAGAUGGGCUGACAACGCAGUCAAACAGGCUGGCGUCGUCGCCGUCCCAGUUCAAUACGAAGAAGUAGCCAAGCUCGUCAAGUUCGCCGCCGACAGGCACAUCGAUCUCGCCGUGCGAGGCGGCGGCCACUCCACCGGCGGAACGUCCUCGACAGAAGGCGGGCUCUCCCUCGACCUGUCCAGCAUGCGCGACGUUCGGAUCGACACGGCGUCGAAGCACAUCAUCGCCCAGGGCGGCGCCAUGUGGGCGGACGUGGACAACGCGGCCAUCGAAAAGGGCCUGGCGACGGUCGGCGGGACGGUGAACCACACGGGCAUCGGCGGCCUGUCGCUCGGCGGCGGCUUCGGGUGGCUGGCCGGCAUGUACGGCUGCGUGGUCGACAACAUCGUCGCCGCCAAGGUGGUGAUUGCCGACGGGCGCCUGCUGUCCGUGUCGGAGAAGGAGAAUGCGGAUCUGUUCUGGGCGAUCCGCGGCGCGGGACACAACUUUGGGGUCGUGGUGGAGUUUACGUUCCAGGGGCACGACCAGACGAACGAGGUGUAUGCGGGGAGCGUCGUCUUCACGGCGGACAAGCUGCUUGCCAUCGUCGAGACGCUCAAUAAACUGAUGGAGUCUGGGGAUGCGAAGGGGGCUGCCAUUCUGGUCUUUGCGAGGCCGCCGACGGCGCCUGCUCCCGUGGUUGUGACGAAUGUGUUUUAUAACGGAGAUCAGGCUGCGGCGGAGGAGUACUUCAAGCUUUUGUUUGAUCUGGGGCCGGUUGCGAACAUGGCCAAGAUGAUGCCGUAUAACCACGUCAAUGGGUUGUUGAAUGCCAUGGCGACGCAUGGGCGUCGGAAGUCGAUCAAGGCGGUUACUCUUACGAACAACGUCGAGCCGGCGUUUAUUCAGGAGCUUUUCAACGACUAUGUCAAGGUCACUGGGGAUAACUCCGAUCUGGCGCACACCUUUGUGGGCAUGGAGUUUUACAACUUGGAGAAGCUCAACAGCAUUCCCAUCGAGGCCAUGGCGUUUGCCAACCGGGGGCCCUACAGAGCGGGAGUCGUUGGCUUGGAGUGGACGAAUGAUAAGAUGGAUGAGGAGAACAGAGAUUGGGGCCGGAUGAUCCAGGCCAAGUGUCGGCAGAAGAUUAUCAACAGCAAGGAGUACUCGCCCGAGACGACCAAGACUGCGUUGGAAUAUGCCAAUUAUCUUGAACCUGGUGAUCUUAUGGGUGAUAAGCCGUUUGGUGUGAAUCAGCGACGGUUGGCGGUUUUGAAGCAAAAGUACGAUCCGGGGUGUGUGUUUUACAAGACGAGUCCGAUUGCGCCGCUGGUGACGGCGAGGAACUGA